AUGAAUUUUUGUGGUGAAUGCAAUAAUCUUUUAUAUCCAAUUGCAGAUAAGGUAAACAGAGAGUUAUUGCUCUCAUGUAAGAUUUGUGACCAUCAAGAGAAAGCAUCCAAUAACUGUGUAUAUAGAAAUGAAAUCAAACAUUCAAUAGAGGAGAGAACACAGAUCUCACACGAUAUUGCAUCGGAUCCAACAUUACCAAGAACUAAAGGAUCGAAAUGUCCUGCUUGUGGUGGUAGAGAAGCUAUUUUCUUCCAAUCUAUGGGUCAAAAGUCUGAUAAGAUGACUCUAUUCUUUAUAGUCGUUGAUUAUAUGUAUGAUUAUACAGCUCAUUGA